AUGUCGGACGAUGAUCCGCGUCAGCUGUUGCCCGAGACCGAGUCGCACCAAAACUUGUCGUCCCGACUCGGUGUGUCCCGACCGCUUCCCCCGAGGAGCCGCAGCAGCAACAGGACCGCUGCCUCUCUCGCUAAGUCACCACUGAUGAAAUCAGAAGCUGCCGAAUUCACACACUAUGCGCCUAGCGAAGACAACCAACUCGAACAAUCGUACGACUCGCAGGCAACGGCAAAGAGCCAAGACGGAGAGCGCUCGCAACUCGAGGCGAGAGGAACCGCAUCACCAGAGAAGAUGGCAGUGCAGAGAACCGUAUCGGGCAGCUCCGUUCGGAGCCUCCGAUCCAACGGUGCGGCAUCCGACAUUCCCAAGGAAGAGAUUGAACAGGCGCUCGAGGGUCUCGACCGCGACGAUCUCGUCGUGGCGCUUGGCCGGGCCAAAGUGCAAAUGGACGACAUCGAGGCCCAGCUCGACGAGCAGGUGUUGCAAAACGAGACUUUGCACGACUCGGCCGCCUCUCUUGCUCAGGAACUUGCGCAAGCUCAAUCUCAGGUGCAUUCGCUCCAAUCAACCGUCAAGCAGAGGGAGGAAAGGAUUGACGAGAUCAUGGCCGAUCAGGAGCGCAUCGAAGGCGAAGUUUACUCGACCAUGCAGAUCAUUGAACGUCUUCGAAAGCAACUCUCCGAGACCGAGAAGAGUCGCAAUGACGCAGAGAAACGCUACCACGACCAGACCGCCACCAUGGACAAGGAACGCCAAUACUAUCAGGAUACAGAGGCGCUCCUCAAGUCGCAGAAGGCUACACAAGCCACAACGUACGAAAAGCUUCUCUCCAGCCACAACGAGCUGCUUCGCGAGCAUGAACGCCUCACCAACCGUCUUGCCUCCAUCAAGGCCAGCGGAGGCAGUUCCGACGUCGGUUCUGUGUCCGGUCUAUCCAGUCAUCUAGCUUCGGACGAAGCGCUCGAAUCUGGAGAUGCGUCCGCCCAGGAAGUCGCUGAUGACGAUCAGCUUGACCCGCAUGCUCAUGAAACGACCCUCACACGACGAGUCCGCACCGGCGCACCCAAGACCUCUACCUUUGCCGAGGAAAGGGACAUGGCCGCGUUGCUCGACGAACUCUCCACCCUUCAAAAGUCCCACUCUUCGCUGUCAGAAACCAUGGCCACUCUGCAAACCGAGCUCAGGGACGUUCGAGCAGAAAAUGCCUCCCUUCGCGACCAGAACGAGACUUUCAUGGACAUUCUCCAGGAAAAGACCUUUAGCGGUGCCCUGCUCAAUGAAAGCGCCAUGCUUCGUGGCAUCCGACGCGCCUCCCUCGGACGUCUUCGUGCCCAGGAUGGUCUGGAUGAUCCCUAUGAUGACGAGAACACUGACUCGCUCGGCAUCGACGAUGAUGAUGAUGUCGACGACGACGACAGGACCGGGAGUACCUCCGUAUCCUCUGGCACCAUUCCAGAGGAAGAUGAGGAUGACGUCGAUGAUGUUCCCGACACGCCCAAAGCUCCGCCGGAGCGCAUCAAAAGCUCUCGUCGAAAGCGAGCCGGUUCUGGCGCUGUCAUCCCGAGCACCGACUUGGCCUCCGAACUCGAAGGCAACGCCAACGAAGCCGUCCUUGCAGCCAGUCCCAACAAGUCGAGCCGAGAGACUCGCGCAACUCAGCGCAUCGGAACCGUGUCCGACAGCGUCGACGAAUUGCAGCAAGAAGUUUGCGAGCUCCGCGAAGCUAACCAGGCUCUCACUCUGUACAUCACCAAGAUUAUCGACCGCAUCAUUGCGCGCGAAGGCUAUGAGAACAUCCUCGCUGUCGAAACCCGUGGAACGGUUCGAGGUCCGCGCCACAAAGCGUCGCGAGCCAACCUCGGCCAGAGUUCGAACCACAAGAAGCCGACCGACACUGACAUCGCAACCGGCUUGCGCAACGCUUCGAAUGCGAGUGAUAGUUCCAGCAAAAGCGCUUCCACCACCGGAGGCGGACUCUUCAGCUUUGGUGCCACGUCCGGCGAACCUCGUCCAUCAGCUCCGCCUAGGAGCAAACGCACCUCCUCGAUUGAUUGGCGAAACUUGCCUUUCCUCGGUGGUGGAAGCAGCUCCUCCGAGACUAGCUCCAAUCUGCGUCCCUUGACGUUGCAGUCGGACAAUCUGCUCAUUCCCUCUCGCGAAGGCUCCGCUCGCAAAGUGAGAACCAGCGAGGAGAUCGAAGACGAACACGAUGUGGCCGAACGCGAGCGCAUCCGUCAAGAGCUUCUCCUGCGUGGCAUUCAGCCGCCCAAGCAUCAGCUCGUGCAGAGCCCAACUAGCCCGCAGAAACAACGUCCUCAAAGCAUUUCUGCCGCUUCCGGUGCUGGAGGCUUUGCCGCCUUCUUCUCCCGCGUUGUAGGCGGUGCCAGCUCUAGUGCUGUCUUGAGCCCUACCCGAUCCGACUCGCACUCGCAAGCAUCGACGACCCCAGGCCGAAGCCUGGAUGCUGGCUUUGAGCGGGCCACCACAUCGACACCGGCAGCGCGCGACGAGGAGCGCUCCCGUGCUGUGCAGCUUUCCGCGGGCACUGGCUCUAGCCUGACAAAGCUGAGCGGCGGACAAGGCAUCGCAUCGAGGGCUCGACAGCAGCGAGCCGAACGACACCAGCAGACGCUCGAUCUUGCUUCGGACAGCAGCCCCGGCUAUCCUUUCCCCUCUUCUUUGCAAAGCAGCCGCGGCACCAGCGGCACCAGCAGUCUAACUGAUAGCUCGGUCCUCGAAAACUCGGUCGCGGGCGACGAGAGCUACACUUUGCCCGCUCCACCUGCUGGUUCGGUUCACAGUGAGACGGACUCACCCUUGAUCGGCUACGGAGGUGCAUUGCCGCCGCUGCCUCACGAAACGACGGGCGACGAAGAUCCUCAAGCUUUCCGAUCGCCGACGCUGAUGCAGAAUUCGACCGAGGCGCAAGCAAGCCAGGAUCAAGGCUGGAAACGCGCCUUCCGCAGGAUCAGUCUGUUGAGUACCACGCCCGCCGGGUCACAGCCUGACAGCAACAUGCAGGACUCUACUGAGCAGACUACCACAAGCCAAAGUCGUAGCCCGCUCUCUACACCGGCUUCGCUGCCAUCUUCGACAGAAGAGAAAUUCGAAGAGUAA